AUGGCAUCUGAAAAGAAUACUAUUGAGGGUGAAGUGAUCACCAUUGAUGAUAUCGCUGCGAGAUCAGAAGUUGUCCAGAUUGACCGCGCGGAGGAGAAAAAAUUGGUGAGAAAGAUCGACUGGAAGUUGAUGCCAGUAUUGAAAAACACCGUGAAGAUGCUGAUCACAUCUGAGUGGCUUUGCUUUACCUAUGCACUCCAGUACUAUGACAAGGCAAUCCAUAGCCAAGCAGCAGUGUUCGGACUGAGGGAAGAUAUUCAAUUCAACGAUGGCCUUAGAUAUAGCUGGGUGUCGCUGAUAUUUUACUUUGGAUAUUUGAUUGGGACAUACCCGCUGCCGUUCCUUGCCCAGAAAUACCCGCCGCGUAUCAUUUGCGCCAUCAUUUGCCUUCUUAGGCUGUGGUUAUCAUUUGCACAUCUGCUGCUGGGUCAUAUGGCGGGCUUCUGGCGAAUCGCUUCUUAUUGGGAGUGA